UUGCUUUCAAACGAGUUUUUCAAGAGAUACCAAACUAGUCGUCUUUAAAAUCCCAUCACAAAAACUACAACCAAACCAAUUGAAUGAAGACGAAGAACAUGGCUGAAACGACGUCGGCUUGGAACAACACCUCGGAGCUCCACGUUCAUCGGAAGAACUCACUCUUUCAUAUGAGUUUCUACUGGGGCCAUAAAUCUGAAAUUCUCUUCUCGGGUUGGCCCGGUUGCAGCUCCGGCAUGUAUGCUCUGGCCCUCAUCUUCGUAUUUGUGUUGGCAAUGGUGGUGGAAUGGCUAUCUUAUUGCAGCAUCAUAAAGCCCGGGGCCAAUAAUGUCGCCGCCGGAUUCUUUCAGACGGCGAUGCACACGGCGCGUGCAGGGUUGAGUUAUAUGGUGAUGCUGGCUGUCAUGUCGUUUAACGGCGGCGUUUUCCUCGCUGCCAUUUUUGGACAUGUGAUCGGGUUCUUGGUUUUUGGGACUAAGGCUUUUAGAAAGUCUGAGAGAGUGCCCGACCUUCCUCCGAGGAAGUAA